AUGAUACCGUUGUCUAUCAAUGUUACUCCUUUUCAGCACUGUUUCUAUUCUUCAUCAAAUGGUACGUUUAAUUCCACCUCUCAAGAAGAAUUGAAGGAUGAACGAAUGGCUUGCAAUAGUAACUUAUACUGGCCACAAUUUGCUUCUCCAGAUUACUGCAAUUAUCCUUAUCCUGGAUUGCAGCCUCAGUGGAUCGGAGAAGAUAAAUACCCUGUUCCAACUCAACCUCAAUGGGAAAAUAAUCGAGAAAUUGUACCUCUUUGUAAUACCACAGCUCCAUCAUUUCCCCAAACUUUAGAACAUCCACCACCCCCACCCCCACCCGAUAGUGAUUUGGAAAUCUUUGCUGAUCACUUUAAGCAGCGUCGAAUGAAAAUGGGCAUCACUCAAGCAGAUGUUGGGAAAGCAUUGGGAGAAAUGAUGAUCCCUGGGGUUGAAAGCCUUUCCCAAUCAACUAUCUGCCGAUUUGAGUCUCUGACCCUUUCAAGGUCAAAUAUGAUUGCUCUCCGACCGCUUCUUCAAAUCUGGUUAGAUAGAACAGAGGCCCUUGGAACAGCAAACUCUAAUCCUCAAGCUCACGAUUCUGGCUUCUUUUCUCCAAACUCUCUAAGUCGAGGUAAUCCAAAUCGAAGAAAAAGAACUUGUAUUACAGACAGUGAGAAGAGAGCUCUAGAGGCCUAUUUCGCUGUCCAACAUCAGCCCUCUAGUGAUAGAAUUUCCCAGAUUGCAACGCUAUUGAGUUUACCAAAGAGCGUUGUUCGAGUAUGGUUCUGCAAUCAGCGACAGAAACAGAAAAGACUCAAAUGGGGCUAUGAAAGUGGCUCAAGAAUGAAGGAUACGACGGAAUCAAAGAUGGAAAUGGAGUAUUUUAGUCGGUAG